AUGUAUGAUCUUCAAUUGGUGGUUGUUGUUGAACCUAAAUUGAGGGUGGAGUCAAUCACUAAUAUUAGAAUUAAAUUGGGGAUGGAUUGUUGCUUGUUCAAUCUUUGGGGUUCUGUUUGGAUUUUCUACCGGUCGUUGUUUACGUGUCAGAUUACAGGGGAGUCUCCCCAACAUCUAACUAUUAGAGUUAAAUCUCAUUUUUUUCAAGACUUCAUUACUUUAUCUUGUAUACAUGCGAAGUGUACGGAGCAGGAAAGAGAAAACUUGUGGAAUGCACUUUUGGGGGAUAAACCCGACUUCAACCCUUGGUUUUUGAUAGGAGAUUUCAAUGUGGUCAUAAAUACCGAGGAGAAGAGGGGUGGAUUGCCAUUUAGACCGUCGGAGGGAUCAGAAUUUUUGAAUUUCAUGACGAUGGCCGGUGUCUGUGAUGCGGGAUUCUCUGGUUCAAGAUAUACCUGGUGUAAUAACCGUUCGGGAACGGCGCGGAUAUGGAAACGUCUGGACCGCUUACUUCUAUGCGGGCGUGCUUUAGAGCUUCCAUACCAAAUCAUGGUGCAACAUUUAGGACGUGACCCGUCGGAUCAUGCUCCAUUAUUGUUGUCGGUGGAUACGAAACUAGAUAACAAACCCAAGCCGUUCCGUUUCUUAAACAUCUGGACUACUCAUCCUGGUUUACUGGGGGUUAUCAAGGAUUGUUGGGCUCAACCAGUCAAUGGUUCUCCUUUGCAAGUAUUGGCCUUGAAGUUGAGGAAUGUUAAAAAUGCCCUCAAGCAAUGGUCUAGAACGACAUUUGGGGAUAUUUUUCAGGGAGCACGUGAUGCCGAACGUAUGGUAACAGAGGCUGAAACAGCAUACGACCUGGAUCCUACUGAGCAACGGCGGAGCGAGUUACAUCAUGCUCGGGCUCGGUUACGCAGAGCGCUUAUAGUUGAGGAGGGUUUUUGGAAACAAAAGGCGCGGGUAAGGUGGCUCUCGGACGGAGAUAGGAACACCAAAUAUUUUCAUUCCUUGGUCACGGAAAGGAGGCAUAGGGCAGUAAUUCAUCGGAUCAAAGAUACCGCUGGAGAGUGGAUCGAUGAGGAAUGCCAGAUUGGGGAAGCAGCAGUGGGUUUCUUUAAGGAGCUUUUCACAGCAGAGGGGGGCCUUCCUUGCCUUACUGGUCUGCAGAUCAUACCGAAAUUGAUAACGGACCAAGAAAACUCACGGUUAACGGACAUUCCAUCUCUUACAGAAGUUAAAGACAUAGUCUUUGCUAUGGACGGAGAGAGCACAGCAGGGCCGGACGGGUUUACAGGGAAAUUCUUUACCUUUGCUUGGGAGGUAGUGGCUUUGGAUAUAUACCGUGCGGUUAUCAGCUUUUUCUGCGGCGCUGAACUACCUAGGAGUAUCACGGCUACUUCAAUUGUGUUGUUACCCAAAGUGGAGAACCCCCAAGAUUUCAAGCAAUUUCGGCCAAUCAGUCUAUGUAACUUCACUAACAAAAUCAUUUCCAAACUAUUAUCGACAAGAUUGGCGAUAAUAUUACCCCGGAUUAUAUCUCCACAGCAAAGUGGGUUUGUCCAAGGGAGGCAGAUUACAGAUAAUUUCUUGUUAGCCCAAGAGUUAGUAGCGGAUAUUAAAAAAUCAAAUCGGGGUGGCAACGUGGUCAUCAAGUUAGAUAUGAUGAAGGCUUAUGAUAGAGUCUCAUGGCCCUUUCUACUACAGGUGUUACGGUAUUUCGGGUUCAGUGAAACUUGGAUAGACAUGAUAUGGCGCUUAAUAUCGAAUAUUUGGUUUUCGGUGCUUGUAAAUGGCGGUUCACACGGCUUUUUCAAAUCUUCACGGGGUUUACGGCAAGGAGAUCCCAUUUCACCAGCCUUAUUCGUUAUUGGAGCUGAGUUGUUGUCUCGAGCCCUCAACAAGCUACCCACACAGAGAGGAUUUACUCCGUUUAAAGUGCCUCCUCAUUGUCCUAUAAUUACGCAUUUGGCAUUCGCCGAUGACGUGAUUAUCUUUUCUAGUGGCAGCAGGUCAUCCCUACAUUUGAUUAAACGAGUUCUGGAAGAUUAUAGUGAGGUAUCAGGUCAGCGGCUCAACCCUCAGAAGAGUUGUUUCCUUACUCAUCCACGCUCACCAGCUCAGAGGACAGCGGUUGUUAACCAGGUAUUGGGAUAUAAUAGAAGAGUAUUUCCGAUACGGUACCUUGGUUGUCCCUUAUAUGACGGAAGGAGUAAGACGAUUUACUAUACGGAUACAUAUAAUGCGGUGGCGAAUCGCAUUUUGUCUUGGAAGAACCAGAUUUUAUCGUCAGGGGGCAAGGUGGUAUUGAUUCAGAGCGUGUUAGCCUCUAUGCCAAUUCAUUUGCUGGCAGCCGCGUCCCCUCCAAAAGGGAUGUUGAUGGCCCUAGAGAAAUUGUUUGCCAAGUUCUUGUGGGGAUCCUUGAAUUUGGGGAACAAGUACCAUUGGAUCAGUUGGGCAGAUCUGUGUCGGCCGAAGGAUGAAGGGGGUGUAGGCCUGCGGGGGUUGAUGCAGGUCUACGACUCAUUUUCCAUUAAACUCUGGUGGAAAUUCCGGCAACAGCAAUCAUUAUGGGCAAAGUUUAUGCUCCAAAAGUAUUGUGCAGGGCAGCACCCUUGUCUUGCUGAUAUUGGUCAUCGGGGAUCCCAGGCUUGGAGGAGGAUGGUCACAAUGCAGCGUUUUGGGGAGGAGAAUAUUACUUGGAUAGUUCGUGAGGGUGCUUUGGAUUUUUGGCAUGACAAUUGGAUGGGGUCAGGAGCGCUUUGCAACAAGGUGGAUGUCUUCCAUGAUCAUUCCGUGGUUGAUUUUGUAGAUCGACGGGUCUGGAAUGUGGGCAUGCUCCAUCAAUUCUUAGAUGGAGAACUGGUUAGGCAGGUUCUGGAGCUUGAUCCUCCUUCAGGUAGGGGCAAUGACAGAAUGGUGUGGACAUUAACGAACUCGGGUGUUUUUUCCACUGCAUCGGCUUACUCAUUGAUCAGUCAUUCCAAUGACACCUCUUGGCUUUUUGCCCGUAUAUGGCAGCAAGGCCUUCCAGUCAAGAUCUCUUUUUUUAUGUUACGACUACUACAGGGGAGGCUCCCUCUUAUGGAUCGACUAAAGAGGUUUGGGGUCUAUGGCCCAUCUAAAUGCUUCUGUUGUCAGAACCCUCAGGAAGAGGCCUUGAAUCAUGUAUUUUGCUCAGGAGAAGGGGCACGAUCGGUCUGGCGUCACUUCGAGAGUACUGCUGGUGAAUUUAGUGGGGUGCAUACAACACGUCACAUGGUGUGGUCUUGUUGGGUAAGGAGGGGAACUAAUGACCGUGUAAAAUUUUUACAAAAUAUACUUCCUUCGGUAGUAUGCUGGGUUUUGUGGAAAAUAAGGAAUGAAGGGGUGUUUGAAGAUCGGAAGAUGAGGAUAAGGGAUACGGUGACUCGGAUUGUUCAGCUUCUUCAUGAUUUUCUUCAAUCACGGUUCCCGGGGGUGCAGUGUUCUGCUCCUACAUGGGAAGGGUUACUUCUCGAGUUGGGUAGUCAUCAAAGGCGGAUGAUUAUUAAGCCAGUUUAUUGGGUAACUCCGUGUGGAGGUUAUAAGUUGAACUCAGAUGGAUGCUCUCGGGGAAACCCAGGAAGGAGUGGGGGGGGUGGACUUGUGCGAGACAGUCGAGGAAAUUUUGUAUUUGGAUACGCGGAGCCCUUCGGAGUGAUAACUAGCAUGCAAGCAGAACUUCGAGCGUUGUUAUGGGGAGUUAGACAUUGUGUGAUUCGAGGGUACUUGGAGUUACACUUAGAGGCAGAUUCUCUCACCCUGGUUCAGAUUGUUCAAGGGACUAGUGCGUGUCCUUGGCGUCUACAGAGAGAUCUGGAUGAGUUGAUGAUAUUCAAGCAGUCUUUCCAAUCCAUCACACACUGCUACAGAGAAGCAAACACACCGGCAGAUCAUCUGGCAAAUUUUGGUGCUGAUGCUUGCGCAGGUCAUGUGUUUAAUACAUUUUCAGAUUUACCACUAUUGGUCAGGGGGGCUAUUAGAUUAGAUCGAUUGGGACUUCCUACGUUUCGUACACGGUGUCUGGCAUGA